AUGCGCGAGCCUCGCAACCUCGAAGUGCGUGUUUCCCAGCUAGGAACCGGAGCUGUUCCUGUCAAGCAUACCUCCUGGGCCUUUCAAGCCGCAAUAAUGGUUCCGCAGAUUACCGAAGAUGAGCCAGGUAAUGAUACUGAUUUGGCGGGCAUCAUCCGCUCACGACCAUCACGAAUCCAUCGUCUCUGGUCACGGCCGCUAUCUGCAGACGGGCGUGAAAAUACGCACCUCUCUGCCGGUGCACCUGAAGCGCGGCACAAAGCUCAUAGGAGCAUUCUGCGACGGCUAGCUCGUCGGCCGCCUUUUGGUAAGAGCCAGUCGCUCUUCGUCAUGCCCACGACUUUGGCUGCUGGAAAUAAAGUAUUGAUACCUGGCUGGAUGCCGACGAGAAUGUCGGCACGACCAUUUGCUAUUCGAGAAAAACAGCAGAUUACAUUGUCGGCAGACACCACUCGCAUGGUACAUGGGAAGCGACAUCGACGGUGCCACUCUGAACAACCGCGUUCAUGGAGAGAGCCUAGUGCAAGUUUGUGGGCAUUAAGAGAAGAGUAA